AUGCGUUUUAAAAUAAAUAUUUGUAAUGAAACUCACAAAAGUCGGAAUGAUUCAGAUAAGGAGCCCCCUGGACUCAUGUCUCGAUUAUUCUUUUAUUGGAUCGUGCGUCUCUUUUAUUUUGGUAACCAUCGGAACCUCGAGCAAGGCGACUUAGUACCUCCAAAAAGUACAUAUGCCUCUAAAUAUCUCGGAGAUGUAAUGGAACAAAACUGGAUCAAAGAAAUAACUGCGGCAAAAUCUGCUGCGCGCAAGGCAUCGCUUUGUAAAGUUAUUUGCAAGACAUUUUUCUUCACAUUUGUGCCUACCAUGUUAAUGCAGUUUUGCUACGUUUUCCUAAGGACGACUACGCCAUUACUCUUCAAUGAGCUGCUGCAGUACUGGUCGUCUAGUUCCCCUAUCGGACAGAUCACUGCUAUGUACUACGCCUUAGGGAUGGUUCUGGGAAACUUUGCAGCAACAUUUUUUUAUAAUCAUGGAACGUAUGGCAGCGUACAGUGUGCCAUGAAGAUAAAAAUAGCUCUUAGUUCAGUUAUUUUCAGAAAGAUACUCCGCAUGAACAUUGCCUCCCUGGGACAAGCCAAAGCUGGAAAGAUUGUUAAUUUGCUAUCCAAUGACUUGCAACGCUUCGACCUGACUUUAUUAAGUUUAAAUUACAUUUGGAUUAUUCCUGUACAAGUAAUAGGUGUAUGUUAUAUCGGGUAUCUCCAGGCAGGGUAUGCUAUGAUGAUCGGUUUAGCUGUAUCGAUUCUUAUUUCAGUUCCAAUACAAGUCAGCUGUGGUGGAAUAAUCGGUAAGAUACGUGCUAAAGCAGCGAGUAAAACCGAUGAGAGGGUACAACUGAUGAACGAGGUUAUAACCGGUAUUCAUGUUAUAAAAAUGUUCGCGUGGGAAAUACCUUUCAAAACUCUUGUGGAAAACAAACGCGACGAUGAGCUGAAUGACCUCCAGAAAGCAACUUAUGUGAAAACCACAAUCUUAGGGUUCGUGGCCUUCGCAGAGAGAACGGCUCUUUUUGUUACUAUUCUAGCAUAUGUGCUGCUCGGAAAUACGAUGUCGGCUAAUAUUAUUUUUCCUCUCCAGCAAUUCAUGACUGCUGUGCAGAUCGGUUUAACGUUAUAUUUGCCUAUGAUCGUAACAUCCUUGGCUGAGAUACGUAUUUCAAUAAAACGGUUACAAGAUUUUCUUUUAUUGGAAGACAGGGUUGAUUUGGUGCCAGCAGACUCGGCGCCGGCCACGACACUGUCAAGACGCAAAUGUACUAAAUACGACGAUAAGAAAGUCACGCCGCUCUCUUAUCACAAAACUGACACGAUAAUUACCAAUCGUUUUAUUUCCGAAAUUUCUUUGAAUCGUAGUUUGUCAGUUCCUAAUGACGUAGCCGUGGAGGUGCGUGAGGUGACGGCAAGCUGGUCUGAUGACCUCAAUGUGGCGGUGCUAAAGAAUAUCUCCUUCAAGCUGGGGCAGGGCAAGCUGUGCGCCAUUAUAGGAGCCGUAGGUUCAGGGAAAUCUUCAAUUUUACAACUGCUUCUAAAUGAACUGCCCGCUGCUUCUGGUAGCGUUUCAGUUAACGGAAACGUCUCAUAUGCUAGUCAGGAUGCCUGGCUUUUCCCCAGCACUAUAAGAGAGAACAUUAUCUUUGGCCAGCCGUAUGAUGCUAAUAAAUACCGAAGGAUUUGUAAAGCAUGUGCGUUGGAAAGAGAUUUCUUGCAAUUACCGUUCGGAGACCAGUCUUUGGUGGGGGAGCGAGGGGUAACAUUAUCAGGAGGUCAGCGGGCGAGAGUAAAUUUAGCUCGUGCUGUUUAUAGAGAAGCGGACAUAUAUCUUUUAGACGAUCCUUUGUCUGCGGUGGAUGCUAAUGUGGGCCGUCAGCUAUUCGAGGGCUGUUUCAAUGGGUAUCUGCGCGGGCGCACAAGAGUUCUAGUCACACAUCAAAUACAUUUUCUUCAGGCUGCUGAUGAAAUUAUUGUGCUCAAUGAGGGUCGAGUGAAAAACAUGGGCUCGUUUGAUGAACUUGCUUUAUCUGGUGAAGAGUUUAUGAUGUUACUAGCUACACUACAGGAAUACGAUGAAGCAGACGACACUGAGACUGGGGAACCUUUACAAAACUGAAAUUUAAACAACUUUUAGAUGCUGAAUAAUCAAUUUUUACACAUUGAAAAUGAACAGCCCGUAAAUUUUAACCCUCAAGAGAUACAAGAGGAGGAGCGUCAACAUGGACAUCUAAAAUGGGAAGUGAUCAGUACAUACUUCAAAUCUGGCGGGAAAAUGUCUAAAGUCACUUUAUUUAUGGUAAUAUUGGUAGCAACUUGUGGUGCUUCGUCAGAUUUCUGGAUCAGUUACUGGUCUAACCAAAUGGCAAAUUAUGAAAAAGAAUUACAUGGAGUGCAUAUUGAUCCUGGCUUGGAGUUAAAAGUGGGUCAGUUCACUACUGGUCAGUACCUUAGCAUACACGGUUGUAUCAUUGCUGGUUGCAUCACGUUGACCCAGAUCAGAGUGAUGACUUUUGUCAGGCUUUGCACUUCCGCCUCGAGGUAUCUUCAUAACAUCAUGUUCUCAACAGUCAUUACUGGUAUCAUGAGGUUUUUUGAUACCAAUCUAUCAGGUCGAAUCCUUAACCGAUUUACAAAGGAUGUUGGAGAAUUGGACGAGUCAAUCCCGAGGACUUUGUGGAUUGUAUUCCAAAUUUACAGCUCGCUUCUAUCCAUAUUGGUGUUAAAUGCUUUAGCAUUGUCCUGGAGUAUAAUACCAUCUAUCUUUAUGAUAAUUUUGUUCUGUUUUGCUGUAAAAAUGUACAUGAAAGGUGCUCAAGCUGUUAAACGGUUGGAAGGAACCACGAAAAGUCCUGUAUUUGGAAUGAUAACAUCAACAAUAAAUGGCAUUGCUACCAUUAGAUCCGCCGGUGCACAAGAAAGACUUAAAGACGAGUUUGAUGUUUAUCAGGACUUUAACACCAUUUCGUAUAAUUGCGUCUUGGGAGGAUCAUCUGCUUUAGGCCUUUAUUUGGAUAUAAUUUGUGUUAUCUACGUUACUUGCAUCAUACUUAUUUUUUUAUUUAUGGAUAAAGAGUCAGUCAAUGUUGGCGAUGUAGGAUUGGCUGUAACUCAAGGCUAUAUAUUGACGACGUUCCUGCAGCAUGGCGCUCGCAUGCUAGUAGAGCUCAUCGCACAACUGACGAGUGUCGAGCGAGUACUCGAGUACACUCGCAUCGACACAGAAACCAACCUCUUCGAAGGCAAGCUAAAGCCUUCUACGGAUUGGCCCUCGGAAGGGAGUAUUGAGUUCCGGAGAGUAUAUUUGCGUUACGACACCGCCGAAGCUCCUAUAUUAAAGGAUCUCAACUUCGUGAUCCGCAAUGGAUGGAAGGUGGGGAUUGUUGGCAGGACAGGUGCUGGAAAGUCAUCUCUUGUAUCAGCGUUGUUAAGAUUCGCCUAUAUUGAUGGAUCAAUAACUAUUAAUGGGCUAGACACAUCUCUCGUCUCAAGACAGGAACUGCGAUCAAAUAUUGCAAUUAUUCCACAAUCACCAGUGCUGUUCCCGGCUACGGUGCGAUACAAUUUGGAUCCAUUCGAUAUCUACAGCGACGAAGACCUCUGGAGAGCUCUCGAACAGGUAGAAUUGAAAUCAGCAAUACCUUCUCUGGACUUCAAAGUUACCGAUGGUGGUUCCAACUUUUCGGUGGGACAGCGACAGUUAAUGUGCCUCGCACGCGCAGUGCUCAAAUCUAAUAGAAUACUGAUAAUGGACGAGGCUACUGCAAACGUAGACCACCAGACGGACUGUUUAAUCCAGAAGACGAUUCGCCGUCUGUUCUCCUCGUGUACGGUGUUGACAAUAGCACACCGACUUUAUACCGUGAUGGACUCCGACCGAGUGUUAGUGAUGGAAAAUGGGCGAGUGGUGGAAUUUGAACACCCUCACUUAUUACUUACUAAUAGCCACAGCAAGCUCUCAGCAUUGGUCCGAGAAACCGGUGAUAAUAUAAGCUUGCAACUAUUUAAUAUAGCUGAACAUCACUAUAAAAAGAGUAAUGAAAUUUAA